CUUCACCACAACCCGAGCUCCAGACGUGAGAUGCAAAAAUGCGGACAUGUUUGGGCUCAUAGAGAUCGGUUGCUGGGGCUAUAGGAUGUGUGUCAAUGGAGAUUACGUUGAAUACCUGUGUCCGGAGAAACAGCGCAACAUUUUCUGUUCGCAGUUUGAUAAUUGCAAGUCCUAUUGCCGGUGCUACGGGGGACAAGACGUCGGCCAGUUUUAUUGUGCAGGAAGUCUGGUGUUCAACGAAGCCAUCCAGACCUGCGACUUCCUAACAAACGUCCUCCCGCCAUGUGGCAACAAACGCCCAGACAACACAACAGCAUCACCAAUCAUUGGGUAG